UGCCUCUUGUAGGUGUGAUGUUCUUUCUUGGCUAGACUGAAGGACCGUCGGGCAGAGGCUGGAGGGGGCGGGCACGGCCUUCUCCGGUCAAUGGAGAAACCUCCAGGACCUGCUCUCCCUCUUCUCUGUGGGCAGGAGUCUCUCUUCCACAGAAGCAUAAUGGACCUGGGCUUUUGCAAUGUGAUCCUGGUGAAGGAGGAAAAUACCAGGUUUCGAGGCUGGCUGGUUCGCAGGCUGUGCUAUUUUCUCUGGUCCCUGGAGCAGCACAUAAGCCCCUGCCAGGAUACCCCGCAGAAGAUCAUGGAAAGCCCUGGGGUGCAGAGCCUCCUCUCAGGAAGGGUCCCCGGAGGAUCUGGGGAAGGCCAAGCACCUAACCUUGUGAAGAAAGAGGUGCAGCGCAUCCUGGGCCAUAUCCAGGCUCCGCCGCGGCCCUUCCUGCUCAGGCUGUUCAGCUGGGCGCUGCUGAGGUUCCUGAACCACCUCUUCCUGAACGUACAGCUCCACAAGGGCCAGAUGAAGAUGGUCCACAAGGCUGCCCAGGCGGGACCACUCGUCCUUCUGUCUACUCACAAGUCCCUCCUGGACGGAAUCCUCCUGCCCUUUGUGCUGCUCUCCCAAGGUCUGGGUGUGCUCCGCGUGGCUUGGGACCCCUGCCCCUGCUCCCCUGCUGUCAGAGCUCUGCUGAGGCAUCUUGGGGGGCUUUUCCUGCCCCCAGAAGCUGACCUGCCCUUGGACAGCUCUCAGGGGGUCCUUGCAAGGGCUGUAGUCCAUGCGGUCAUGGAGCAGCUGCUGGUUAGUGAGCAGCCCCUCCUCAUCUUCCUGGAAGAGCCCCCCGGGGCCCCCCGAGCCAGGCUCUCAGCCCAGGGUCAGGCCUGGCUCGGGCUGGUGGUGCAUGCCCUCCAGGCAGGCCUCGUCCCAGAUGUCACCCUCGUGCCCGCGGCCAUCACCUAUGACCUGGUUCCAGACGCACCGAAUGACAGGCAUCGUGCGUCAGCGCCCCUGGGGCUAUGGUCCGGCGCCCUGGCCGUCCUCCGGAAACUGCGCAGCUGCUGGGGCUGCAACCAGAAGGUCUGUGUCCGGGUGCAUCUUGGCCAGCCCUUCUCCCUGCAGGAAUACACCAUCAACGCCAGGAGCUGCUGGGGUGGAAGGCAGACCCUGGAGCACUUGCUGCAGCCCAUCGUGCUGGGCCAAUGUACCGUUGUCCCAGACACUGAGAAAGAGCAGGAAUGGACCCCAACAACUGGGCUGCUCCUGGCCCUCAAGGAAGAGGACCAGCUCUUGGUCAGGAGGCUGAGUCGCCACGUCCUGAAUGCCAGCGUGGCGAGCUCUGCCGUGAUGAGUACAGCCAUUAUGGCCACACUGCUUCUCUUCAAGCACUCAAAGGGCGUGCUCCUGUCGCAGCUGCUGGGGGAGUUCUCCUGGCUGACUGAGGAGACGCUGCUGCGUGGCUUUGACGUGGGCUUCUCGGGGCAGCUGCGGUGCCUGGCGCAGCACACGCUGGGCCUCCUGAGGGAGCGCGUGGCCCUGCUGCAUGUCCACCAGGGGGACCUGGUGGUUGUGCCGCGGCCAGGCCCCGGCCUCGCCCAGCUGGCCUGCCUGAGUGCCGAGCUGCUUCCCGCCUUCCUGAGCGAGGCUGUGGGGGGUGAGACUCGGGGCUCGGGGUUCCGGGUGUGUGCAGGGGACAGGCAGGGCUCCCUUCCUCAUGCGGCUCCCGCCUCUCCAGCCUGUGCGGUGCGGGGGCUGCUGGCAGGCAGGGUGCCACCCGAGGGGCCCUGGGAGCUGCAGGGAAUCGAGCUGCUGAGCCAGAACGAGCUGUACCGCCAGAUCCUGCUGCUGCUGCACCUGCUGCCCCAGGACCUGCUGCUGCUGCAGCCCUGCCAGUCUUCCUACUGCUACUGUCAGGAGGUGCUGGACCGGCUCAUCCAGUGCGGGCUCCUGGUUGCUGAGGAGACCCCAGGUUCCCGGCCAGCCUGUGACACAGGCAGACAGCGCUUGAGUGCAAAGCUGUUGUGGAAACCAAGCGGGGACUUUACCGACAGUGACAGCGACGACUUCAAGGAGGCCGAGGGCCGGUACUUCCGGCUCAGCCAGCAGUCUCGCUGCCCCGACUUCUUCCUCUUCCUCUGCCGCCUGCUCAGCCCGCUGCUCAAGGUCUUUGCUCAGGCGGCUACCUUCCUCCACCUGGGAAAGCUGCCCGACACAGAGUCUGGCUACAUGGAACAGCUGCUGCAGUUCUUACACGACUCUGCCCAGGAAGAAGGGAUCUUUGAGUGUGCAGACCCAAACUUGGCCAUCAGUGCUAUCUGGACCUUCAGAGACCUAGGGGUGCUGCAGCAGAUGCCUGGCCCCGACGGCCCCCAGCUCUACCUGUCUCCUACAUUUGCCAGCCGGGACAAUCAGGACAGGUUGGAGCAGUUCAUCCGACAGUUCAUCUGCAGCUAGGUCCAGUCAGCUGGACUUGCAUGCCUGUGCUUGGCUUAUCUCUUGCUUUCUCCAUCCUUCAGUGUGAUAAACAGUGGACGAGUUGUUUCUCUAAGCUCUGCAGUGUGUGCUUGGGUUUUUUCUGGUGUGUGUGUGUGUCUAUGUCUAUGCGUCUACUUCUCUGUCCCCAGCCCUAUGAAAAUGUCCCAUGUCCCGUCUCACCCCUGACGCAAGCCCCAGAAGAAGAUAGGA